AUGAAAAAAUUCAAAUCGUACCUCACCCCUACGACAUCGGAGGAGGAGCAGAAGGGAAGCAAUGGGGGGACACAGGCAGCAGGCGCUCGGUCCCAGGGAUCGCAUCAGCUCCAACCUAUCCAACCACAAGGGAAGGACUCCAGGUUAGCAGCCGGCGCACCUCCACCACCAACAGCCGGCUCCGAGACCGUCCCACCUUCCGCCCAGGGGAGUAUGCUCUCCGUACCGGGCGCGGCCCUCUCAGUAACCCACCAACAUGGCCGCCAGACGCCCGAGACGGCCAAAACCAGCCCGCACACCUCCCGGGCCCCGUCGCUCCGCCACUCCUUCCUCCCGGCGCACGACGCCCGCAGCCGCGACUCGGAGACCAUCAACGAGAUCCGCAACGACAUGAUGGUCAACUGGCUGUACGAGCAGCAGCUGCGCAAGCAGUACGCGUCCGGGGCGGACCCCUACGAAGGCGUGGUGCUGAAGAAGGCCCGCGGCGCCUUCGCUUGCUGCCCGCCGCAGAUGGCCGCCAUCCCGGACUCGCUGUUCGCCGUCGUCGCCCAGAUGAACGUGCGCUGCGCCAUGACCGUCAACACCCCCGUCGUCCGCGCCCUGCUCGACUCCAUCAUCCACAAGACCGACCUCGACUACGUCCCUCUGCCGGACGGCCUGCGCGUGCAGGUGCUGCGCACCAUGGCUGACCUGCCCCGCGGCCAGCUGCAUCAUUUCGCGGCAUUUGUCGAGGAUGCGCGCAUGCUGGUCGUGUGGGACGACGAGCCGGAGAAGUUGCUGAGUAGGGUGCAGACUCUCGAGGCCAGGUUUAUUGAGAUCAUCUGGGGCAAUGGGGAUGAUGAGGGCGAGGAGGAUGAUGCCGGCGGGGAGAAGAAGGGCGGCGCCGCGGUCGCCGUGCAGGAGCUGGAUCCGGGUCAGCUCGAGGAGGCGUUGGCUGGGGAGAGGAGGCCGGUGAGGCUGGAGAGUGCGUUCAUGGUCGGGCUUACGUUGGCACUUUGGAUCGUGUGUCCUGCGCUGGGCUGGAGGUGGUUGGCGUACCAGAGCGUGGUCGACGGGACGUAUCUGAGGUUCGCAUUGCUGGCUUCGGCUCCGGCGCAGUUGUUCGUCAGCUUGUUCUUCUUUCAAUCCAUCAUCACCAGUCUGUUCCAAGUCUUCGGGCCCAUUUCAGCUGUGGCCAACAACAGCAAGUACUAUAGCGGCAAGCCCCCUCAACGGAUAAACCGCGACCAGGGGACGCUGCCGCACGUCACCAUUCAGAUGCCCGUGUACAAGGAAGGCCUCACAGCCGUCAUCAAGCCCACGGUUGUCUCGCUGAAAGCGGCCAUCAGCACCUACGAGAUGCAGGGCGGCUCGGCCAACAUCUUUGUCAACGACGACGGCAUGCAACUCAUUUCGGACGAGGAUGCCCAAGCCCGCCGUGACUUCUACGACGAACACAACAUCGGCUGGGUCGCACGCCCCGCGCAUAACCCCAAUCCCGAGGCCGGCUCCGAUGAAAAGCGGUUCCUCCGCCGCGGCAAGUUCAAGAAGGCCAGCAACAUGAACUAUGCCCUGCACGUCAGCAACCGCGUCGAGGAUAAGCUGCUUGCCGUCAAGCGUGACAGUAAGUGGAACAACGAGCAGGAGAACGGCGCCUACCAGCAAUGUCUCGCCGACGUGUUGCAGGAGGACGAAGGCCGCACCUGGGCCGAAGGGAAUAUUCGCAUUGGCGACUACAUCUUGCUUAUCGACUCAGAUACUCGCGUGCCGCACGAUUGUCUGCUGGAUGCCGUCAGCGAGAUGGAACAGAGCCCGGAGGUGGCUAUUCUGCAGUUCCAGUCCGGCGUCAUGAACGUUACCAACUCGUUCUUUGAGAAUGGCGUUACCUGGUUCACCAACCUCAUCUACUCCUGCAUUACCUUCGCUGUUGCGUCGGGCGACGCCUGCCCUUUCGUCGGCCACAACGCCAUCCUCCGGUGGCAAGCUCUCCAAGACGCGGCCGCCUUCACGGACGAGGAUGGGUACGAAAAGUACUGGUCCGAAUCGCACGUAUCGGAGGACUUCGACAUGUCGCUCCGUUUGCAGGUCGCUAAGUACACGCUCCGCUACGCCUCGUACACGGGCGACGGUUUCAAGGAGGGCGUCAGCUUGACCGUCUACGACGAGCUUGCCCGCUGGGAGAAGUACGCAUACGGCUGCAACGAGCUCCUGUUCCACCCACUGCGAUUCUGGCUCGUCCGCGGGCCGUUCACGCCGUUGUUCAAAAAGUUUAUCGGCUCUAGCAUCCCGUUCCCAAAGAAGAUGACUAUCAUGGCGUACAUCGGGACGUACUACGCCAUUGCCGCGGCGUGGCUUCUGACGCUGGGCAAUUAUUUUGUUACCGGCUGGUUUUAUGGUCUGUACGACAAGUACUACCUCGACUCGUUCGCUAUCUACAUCUCCAUCAUUGUCGUCUUUACUGGGUUGGGUAAUCUCGCGUUGGCGGUCCUGCGGUACCGGUUGAGCGAAAGAUCGCUACUGUCAGCAUACUUUGAGAACAUCAAAUGGAUCCCCAUGUUCUGCAUCUUCCUCGGCGGCAUCUCGCUGCACGUGUCCCAGGCUAUCCUAUCGCACUUUUUCGAGAUCGACAUGGCCUGGGGCGCGACGGCCAAGGAGCUCGAGGAGGUGCGCUUCGGCCCGGAGAUAUGGCGCAUUAUCCGCCGCUUCAAGUGGACUUUCCUGUACUGCUUCGCCUGCACCGCCCUCAUGAUAUGCGGCAACACCAUCUUCCCCGACUUGUGGCGCAUCAACACCUUCUAUAGCAUCUAUCCGCUGGCGACUACGGUGGCGUCGCAUUUUGCGUUGCCUGUCCUGCUGAACCCGGCGUUGAUGAUGUUUACUUGGUAG